GUACUCGAAACUUGGAACAAACACGGUCCUGUCGUGAUCCGGUCACACGUCCUCUUUAUAAGCAAUUUUGGAGAACGAAAAAACUGAGCAAAAUGGGCGGUGUCAAAUCUGUUUACCGUUGAGUCGAGUGCUUUGUGGCGUUCACCCCCGUGGAAAUAUGUUUCCCUUUCCGUCGUCGCUGUAGGAUGCAGUGAGCUCAUAGGCGAGAACGACCAUUUCAUCCUCCCUCCAGUACUAGGAGCUUGUGGUCAUAGAAUAUGUCGCUCUCACUAGUAUCGAACUCAUAUUUAGAUGACCACUCUUCGAAGAUUCGCGCGAAGCCUGUGCCAUGGGAGGCAUACCAACGCGCAGGUUUGGUGACUUCGGACGAGCUGACACUCAUCAAGAAGGUCGAUAGGCAACCUCGGGCGAAGAUUGACAACCUAUUUCUGUCUGAUGGACCAACCUAUGCGCAACUAUACCUACGGUUGCUGAAGAAGCUGCAAAGAGCUGACACUCAGCAGUUCAUCCUGGUGCUUAUUGCUGAUGCAUUAGCUGAUCAUGAAGAGCGAAUUAAGCUGUUCACUAGCGCAUCCGAAACGGACUCCGAACUACCUUACGGUCCUCUACAACGCAUGCUUGAAUCACAGGAUGACUUUCUGCAGAUGAAGGCUGUUCAGAUCUUAACUAUCCUCCUGAGCGCAGAUCCCGCUCCUAUUCAACCGCAAAGACUGCAACCUUUUCUCAAUACCCUCGCCACCUUCAUUUCGCAUGCAUUACCACACAAACGGGAUAUUGCUGUGCAAUGUCUGGAGGCCAUUUUGCCGCGUCCUGAAUGCAGAAAGGCAGUAUGGGCGAACCCUUCGCUCAUCCCAGGACUCGUGGAGAUCCUCAAACAGAACCCUGGACCACAGAUGUCCUACCAAGUUGGAUUUUGCUUCUGGCUAUUGACGUUCCAGCAAGAGAUCGCAGAGCAAAUUGACAAGAAAUUCGAUAUCAUCCCUCUCCUCACCACUGUCGCUCAGAACGCAGUCAAGGAGAAAGUUAUUCGCGUGAUCAUAGCGACUUUCCGGAAUCUCGUAGCGAAAGCCCCAGCGGCGAACCUGCCGUCAAUGUUGGUGGCACAACUUCUACCGUUCGUGAAGAACCUCGGAACGCGUAAAUGGACAGACGAAGAUAUUGUCGAGGAUGUGCAGUACCUCCGUGAAGAGUUGAAUGCACGAUUCGAGAGUUUGACAACAUACGACGAAUACACAUCCGAACUCCUCUCAGGCCACCUAUCAUGGUCACCUGUCCACGAGUCAGACAUGUUUUGGAAAGAGAAUGCUCCUAAAUUGAAUGACAAGGACUACGAGCAGCUCAGGCUCCUCAUCCGCCUGCUCCAAGAAUCGUCCGACCCUACUGUCCUUGCAGUAGCCGCACACGAUCUAGGGCAAUAUGUUAAGCAUUACGAACGUGGCAAGAUCAUCCUCACCGACCUCGGCGCAAAGACACGAGUCAUGGAACUCAUGGCACAUCCUAAUCCUGAUGUACGCUACCAAGCCUUGAUAUCAGUUCAGAGGCUUGUCAGCCAUCCUUGGGCGGCAGUCUGAACAUUCCAUUGACGGACAAUCACAUUAGGGGGUGUUGUAGUAUGUUAGUUAGGCGACUAUACGAUCAGUUGAUACCAGGACGAUACUAGCUAGUGAAUAGUGAAAGCUGAACAGAACGGAUCUUCUUGACUCGGGGUGUGAAAGUGCAAAACAUUCAAA